CAAUGCAUUAUUUUGGCUGCUUAAUCCACACAAGUGGCCCUUUGAUUUAUGUUGGUUUUCUUUGAUUUAUUGAACAAAUGUUUGAUUUUCAGUUUCCGUAGUUACAGUCGACCUGUUGAGCUCACUUCCGGUUUGCUUAUGACAUACCAUAACGUUGUAAAGUGUCCAGUUUGAUGUGGAUGCUCAGGAUGUGGUAAUUAGUUUAUGUCAAAGUGGUUAUCCAUAGCGGAGCAUAUUCAAACUAUGUACACGUGUUGGGUAAACUGACGUAGGAACCAGGAACCGUACAUUUGUAUUUAAAGACGCUGACGGAAGACAUUUGUAGACGCGCACACUUCCGUAAACUAGAGCCGCUUUCGACUCGCCCGUGUGGUUCGUUGUGUUGUCUCCGUGAUGGAUCGCAGCAGAUCACCUGAUAGAGCUGGAAGAGAGAAAAAACACGAGAAGAAGAAGAAACGAAGACGAUCCUCCUCUUCCUCCUCCUCUUCCUCCUCGUCUUCCUCAUCCAGCAGCAGAAGUCGAAGCAGAUCCUCAAAGAAAGCAUCGCACACAAGUCAAGAUGUGAAAACACAAAGAAAGAAGCGAAGAAGAAGCUCCUCUUCUUCAUCGUCCACUUCUUCUUCGUUGUCUUCUUCGUCGUCUAGUGACGAAAAGAAGAAGAAGAAGAAGAAGAAGAAGAAGAAAAGUAAAGCCAAGAAAGAGAAGAAGAAGAAAAAGGCGAAGCUGAAGAAGCUGAAGAAACUGGAGAAACUGGAGAAAAAGGAGAAAGAGAAGAAGGAGAAGCUGAAGGAGGAGAAGAAGAGAGCAGAGGUGGUGUUGCUGCCCAGCCCUGCUGUUGAGAAGCCUCCAUCUUACCUGGAAGUGUGGCAGAGUGAUGAGGGGGCCGUGGAGCUCGGACCUGUGAUGACCGAUGAGCAGAAGGCCCGACUCUCCACGAAGAGGCCCAUCACCAAAGAGGAGUAUGAGGCCAGGCAGAGUGUGAUCCGCAGGGUGGUGGACCCGGAAACCGGACGCACCAGAUUGGUGAGAGGAGAAGGAGAGAUCAUCGAGGAGAUAGUCAGCCGAGAAAAACACAAAGAAAUCAACAAGCAAUCCACGAAGGGAGACGGGAAAGACUUCCAGAGGAAACUGGGAGUGAACAGGUAGAAGAUGCUGGAUCUCCUUCUGGAGCCUCGAUAAGCUGAAUGUUACAUCUCAAACGGUUGCUGACUUCACUGCACAGUGACGGUACAAAGUAAAGGACGUUUACUCUGGAUGUUCACCCAGUUCAUUCCUGGUAAAAGACAGUUUCUCCGACUGAUUUGCCUUAUUAAAUCUAAGCUGGAGUUGGUGAUGUCCCAACUAGUGAUCACAUGCGAUGGUAAAUGUAUUUUAUUGUUUUUUUAAAAGUAUUUCAAUGAGUAUAUUCAAGGUUCAGUCCUGAAUAGGUUUUCUGUACCUGCUGACUGAAGACAGACUGACCAUUGAAAUGUUUUCUUCAUUUGAAAUCAACUGAUUUGUGUCGUACGUUACAAAGCUGGUUUAAGCGCUGACUCGACUCUUUUGGCUUCAUACUCUGAACUUCACUUUUCUUUGGUUCUCUGAACAAAUCUGCAUUUGGAUGAAAAAUAAACAUUGUCAGCAGCA